UUUCCGUUUUUACCGGAAAAGCCAAGCACGCAUGUCCGUGGAAACAAGGAAGAUGAAAUGUGCAUAUUUUCCUUUCCAAUAACCAUGAAAUUAUAAAAAUAAAUCUGACGCUUCUUAAGAACUGAGGUGAAGUUAUGGAAUCAGAAAAUGAUAAAACAAGUGAGGUGAGCACAAGCUCUAGUGAUGUGUAUGCCACACCGAUAGCCCUAGGAUUUGAAGCUCUAGAAGAGACAUCACCAAGUACAUCUCCCUCUGUUGUAUAUGGACCUUCAAAUUUUACAGAAACAGAACCUAGCACAUGCUUGGUCACAUACAACAAAGAUGUUAGAGAUGGAGCAGGUAUUCGAGGUAGAUGUGGUCUUCAUAACCUAGGUAACACCUGUUUCAUGAACUCCGGCCUACAAUGUCUGAUGAGCACCAUGCCGCUAGUCAAAUUCCUCCUCGGCUACUAUCAGAGCGGAAAAACUUUCGACGACACACUUUUCGGACAGUUUCAAAAGUUGUUCGCAAAGAUCUGGUCUGGUCAAUAUUCGAUUGUUCAUCCGAAAGAGUUUAAACAGACCCUUGGGAUCUACCAUACACAGUUCCAGGAUUAUAGACAGCAUGACUGUCAAGAAUUCCUAGCUCUUCUACUUGACAGUUUACACGAGCAGCUCAAUUUUAAAAGUCAGUCGACCAAUCAGAACACAGAAGCUGGACCUAGUUGUGAAAAACAACCAAUCACAUUUGAGCAUAACAUCAAUAACAGAGCCUCAUCGAAUCUGACAUUAGCUGAAGAAGAGAGCAAGAUAAACGAUAAAUCAAAAAACGCUGUUACCAGCCAUUCAUCCUUGACCUUUGAUAAUAUGAAAGAAUCAAAAUCAGAGAAAUGUGUGAGUGGGGACUUGAAAAAUGAGUAUUACGAGAAGAGAAAAAGUGGUUCAAAUAUCGUAGGUUUUACCGUUAACCCAAUAUCGGAAGAUAGCAACCAUUCCACCAUAUCUGAACAAAGUUCGGAAUCUGAACAAUGCUCUGUGAUGAAAAACUUAAAGUUACGCUCAAGUCCAACUGUGAGUCAAUCAAAUGUUGGACUGUCUCCCAGGGUUGUUAAUGAACUAGGGGACAAAAUCUGUGAUGUUUCGUCAUCUGAUGACAUAAAUAUUGGUAGUCAUGAGAUUAAGGCUGAGUGUGAGAGUUCAGGAUCGGAAGUGUUUAAACGUGUUCACAGUUUACAGGACUUUCGCAGUAAAAGUGACGAAUGUGUGAGUGGUUUGGUAAAAGCUUCUAGUGAUAUUGAUCUAGUCUGUAAAGCAUCUGGUGAUGUUGAUGAAACUGAUGAAUUUGAUACAGGGUUACAAAUGGAUGGUAGAGCUAGUCAAAUAGGUGGGAAGAAUGACAUUUCAGCUAGUCUGAAAUCUGACAUUUGUGAUAUAGAACAGAAAGGCGCUAGUGUAGGUAAGAUAUCAGGGUCUCAAUCUGAAUCCAUCGUUUUGAACAAUGCAAUACCAACAACAAGUGUACCGUCUCUUGAAGACUUGUAUGCCAAGGAGACUAAAACUCUAAACACCAAUGUCUUAGCAACAGAAUAUAUGGAAGAGUCGGUAACUACGGACUCGGACAAAUUCUCCAAACAUGACAACACUAGUGACAGAAUUGAAAACGUUGACGAAGAAGAUUUGAUAAAUAACGUUAUGGAAGUGACAACCAAAAGUGACGAAUUUGAAAUGCCAAAGAAAGUAAAAGAUGUGAAUAUUAGAGCAGAUAAAAAGAGUAAAUCACCAAAAGGAGCUUGUGGCUCUAGUUCAGGCGUGGGUUCAGAAAAAGAAGACUGUUUUUCAUUGAGUGGUGUGAAGAGAAUGAAGUUUGAAGGUACAGAGAAAAACCUGCAGAUGCAGGAGAUAUGUAAGAUUCAAAAAGAAGUGCUCAUCUCUGAAGCAUUAAAUGUUCGAAAACCAAAGAAUGUUGAACAAGUUGAGAGAGUGUCGUGUAUGCGAGAAGCUAGUCCGAGCGUGGAUAGCGAUGUUGAAUGUGAUAUUGAGGAUCAAGAAGAGGAUAAUGAUAUGGAGGUGUCGGAUGAUAACGACACCGGAGAGGUCGUACCUCGAGUGCCAAGGACCCUGGCUGAAGGAGCAUGUUACACGACAGCUGAGGUUCUAGCAGCCGAAGAUGCCUGGCAGAAAUAUUUAAGGCGGAAUGACAGUGUAGUUGUGGACACUUUUCAAGGGCAGUUUAAAUCUACUGUUGUAUGUGCACAAUGUAACCAGGUGUCUGUAACAUUUGAACCAUUCAUGUAUCUCUCAGUACCUAUACCUCAUGCCAUGGAAAGACAACUCUGUGUAACAAUUAUACCAUUAAUGGGAGAAGCCACACAUGUGUUACUGGAGAUGCACAAACAAGAUAAAAUACUCAAGGUCAAACAGGAGCUGUGUAAUCUGAUUGGUGGAAAUCCCACUGACAUCAUUAUAGCUGAGGUGCUGAAUUGGCACAUCUCUCGAAUCCUGGAGGAUAACACAAUGCUGCGAUACAUCAACGACUCUUCUCGAACAAUUUAUGCUUUCGAGAUGGACCAGUCUACAUUCGGUAGUUGUCAUGGUAAUGAGAACCCCACUUCCUCUGCCAUGAAUGUUACACCGGCCACGUCUCAAGACAACCUCGCCUCUCAAGUCGAUUCUUUUAACAACGUCGACUCAUAUUUUGUCAACAGUAACGUAAAUUUGGGCUCUGAAACAUUCUCUGAAGCAGAUCCCUACUAUGGUCAAUCUGGGUCAGCAGAUUUUAAGAAUUCAGGAAGUUUGGAUGAUAUGGUAGGAACAGGAUUGUGGGAAUGGAAUCAAAAUGGGUCGGACAAAAGACGAGGGAGUCUGGAAACAGAAACUGGUGAAAAUCCAGUGGUAGAUAGUACAACAUCUGCUACAGGAUUUGAUAUAAGUGAAGAUAUAGCGAGAGCAGAGGGUCGUGAGGCAGUGGAGAAAUCCACAGUAACCAGUUCUACUGUCACUACAGAUGACUGGAAAUCUUGUGCUAUAUGUCUCGAAGAAAUGCCCGAGAAUGAGCUGAUGGUUCACACAACAUGUGGUGGUACUUUCUGCUCUGCUUGUCUAGAGAUGUCUGCCCAGCAUUAUAGAGAUUCUGUAUACUGUUGUCCUGUAUGUUCAACACCAGCUGAUAUGACGGAGGAUUUUGUUCCAUUAACAAAUGCUGCCAAUCAUAAACCAAAAACAAGGAUUGUUGCUAUACCUAUAUCAUACCGAUGUGAGAAAGACAUAUCCGGGGCAGAUAAUCCAUACCUGUUUGCACAUCCAUCUUUACUGAACCUACCUAGUAACUUGACUGGUCAACAUAUCUAUACGUGUAUACAAACCAUCAGACCUGACAUGAACAACUUUAAAAUAUUGCUCACAGACGGCACGGGUUUACACUGCUCACGAUGUCUGUACAUGGAACACUGUACAGGGUGUGAAAUACCUGCGGAUGGUGAAGCUAUAUUACGUCCUGGUGAUAAUCUGGCUGUCAGCGUACAAUCAGUGACGGAUGAUCAGGUGACGGAGUAUCAACGCGUUAAUCAACAUAGAUCUAUGGAGAAACAACGUUCUCAUGAACCAGUCACUCUACUAGACUGCUUCAGUGCUUUCACACAAAGUGAAGAAUUAGAUGAACAGAAUCCAUGGUUCUGUCCUCACUGUAAGGAGAAUCAGAGAGCCAAGAAAACCAUGACAGUAUGGCAGUAUCCUGAUACACUUAUUAUACAUCUUAAACGAUUUGUAUUCCACGAACUGUCCAGUACUAAAGUAGACAACAAAGUUGUUUUCCCUAUCGAUAACCUUGAUCUCAAUUGUUUUAUCUCGGGACCAAAGACCAAGAACCUCAUGUAUAAUUUAUACAGCCUUGUGUGUCAUUUCGGAGGUGCCAACUCUGGUCAUUACACAGCGUACGCUAAACAUCCUGUAGGAGGACAAUGGUAUUACUACAACGAUGAAACCGUGACAGAGACUCAUCCUGGUGAAGAUGAAUUUACCAGCACUUAUGUCCUCUUUUAUCAAAGAAAAGGCACAGAUAAGGCUUUACAGAUACCAGAUGAUCUUGACCUUGGCUUUGAAGCAGACGUCACAGAUCCCGAAGCUUCUAGCAGCAUUCCAAGUGUGAUUUUCCAACCUCCACAGGAGGACAUUACCCUCAAUUUGAAUAACAAAACAACCACAGCUCCACCUACUUCCUGUGAAACUGCAUCAUCUACUUCCUGUCACCAGGUGGCAGCAUCGACAGGUGCUUGUGACUUGUUUAAUUCAGCUGACCAAUCAGAUGCUUACAAAGUAGAUUCAAGCAGUGUGAGGGCGGAGCUAGCUGAAGCUGACAGCACUGGUCCUUCAUAUGAAUUCUAUUCCUAAUUUGAAUUUCAUUAUAAAUGAGCCGCGUCACGACAAAACUAA